AUGGAUGCUCAAAACUGCAUUGCAAUCUCUGAGCUGCAUCCAAACCUUUCUCAUCCAGUUGUCGGCAUCAUCAUCGGAAAAACAGAUGUCAAAAGCUUCCCUGACAGAAAAAACCUUGAGAUUGAUCGCUUCACUUUUGGCUUCACUGUGAAGGACUCACCAGACUUCUUCAUUAAUGUGACAACAUGGGGAAAUGAUGGUUAUGUCAACAGGCUUGCCGACAGCUUCAGCAUUGGAGAUUGCGUCAUAAUUGAAAAUCCUUUAGUUUCCAACAAAGACCCAGAGAAAGGAGACAAGUUCUGCCCCUCAACACCAAGGCUGCUGGUGACGGAGACCCAUUCCCAGGUGUGUCUGUGUGCUGACCUGGACGUCAUUGACAGGCUGCUGCCACUGAUCCACCUGCCUGCAAAAGACUCCAGAGAUUUCUACUCUCUGGGAGACAUUGUGGCCAAUGGCCAAAAGUUGGAUGGCACCAUCAUUAAUAUUCUGGCUGCUGUAAAAUCGAUCAGAGAGCGGAAACAGUUUACCACUUCAGAUGGACGUGAAGGACAGAGGCUGGAAGUGAAGCUCUUUGAUGAUUCUGUUUCCUCCUUCCCCCUUAUCUGCUGGGACAGGGAGACCAUCCGGCUCCUGCAAACUUUGGUAGCAAGGGAAACGGUACUCUUCAUAUCCGAUGUAAAGAUCAGCUUUGACAGCUUUCGCAGCUGCAUGCAGGCAACCGCUAACUCAAAGAGCAUCAUUACUGUCAAUCCCGACACCAGAGAGGCCAGCUUGCUGUUCAGCUAUGCUAAAGAGGUGUUGGAGUCUGGAGCUCUGGAUCAAGAUGAAGUGCCCGAGGAUCUGCCAGUGCAUUCUAUCACAGAGGUGUACACAGUAAGCCAGCUGAAGCAGAAGGCCAGAGAGCAUCCAGAGGCUUUCUUUGGCAUCACUUACAGCUUUAUUUCCAGGCUCGACCUUGACUCCUCUGUCUCAAAAGUCAUCAAGAUACGUUGGUAUGAAGAAAUAUGGAACUGUUUCUGUACACUAAACUCCAGUCAGCACUUUUAUCUGCCUUCUUUCUUCCACCUUAGCUCGAUAUGUAAGGUCCAGGUGACUGAGGACAUGCAGAACUGUAGUAACCAGCUGUGCUCAGGGAGGGAUCAGGCCUUUUCAGCCACCAGUGACUUUGACCUACUGGUGGAUUUCACUGACCACACAGGAACCCUGCAGUCCUGUAACCUCCGAGGUCCCGUGGCAGAGCAGACACUUGGCUGCACAACAGACCAGUACACAGCUUUGACCGAUGAUCAGCGGACUACACUGAAGUGGACAUUUCUUUUGGAAAGAUGCAAAAUUUAUGUGAAGAUCCUUCCUUCACCGAAGAUGAAGAGCGGAAUCAAAGCGGUGAUCCUGGCCUGCUCACUGGCUGAUCCAGGAGAGGUGAAACAGCACAUGUCAAUCCUGCUGCAGCGACUGUGUUCGACAGACUUUGAAUGAAACCACACAACCUUUUUGUUAGGUCUCUGUUUUGUGCACAGUGUUCUGGCUAUUACCUGAGUUUAUAUUUAGUAGAUAAACUAUAUCCCUUUGACUACUUAUUUAAAUUAACUUAAGGUAUUUAAAAAUAAGUUAUUGCUUUAUUAGCUUAAGUCUGUAUGAAAUAAAGUACUUUUAAGAGCAGUAUCAUGUCUGUGUGUGGUAUGCUCAUCAACAUAUAUAAUU